AUGGGAUUUUGGCAGACGCUUCGAGCAAGCUGGAAGGGGCAGGCGCUGUUGCGCGUCGGAGUUCUAUUAGUGAUGCUAUGCGCUGCGCGUGGGAGCAUGUUUAUGCGCAAGCGGGCAGACAAGGAGGCGUGCACGGAAAGGCGCAUCCAGAGCAUGAACAGAGAAGGUUCUUCGAGAGAGGAAAGCAGGCGCAGCGAAUGUUCUUCGAGAGAGGCAGGCAGGGAGGAUGCGCGUUUAACUGCUGCCUUGAAGGAGCAAGCAGAAAGCUUCAAGGCAUAUGUAGCGCAACGCAUGGAGCGGGUGGAAGAAGCCAUAAAGAAGCUAGAGAGAAGCCUCAACGCAAAGAGCCCACAGAAUAUAGGGAAGGUAGAGGAAUUGCAAAAUUACAUUGCGAAGCUGGAAAAAAGUAGGGCGCAGGAUGCAGUGCAGAUGGAGGAAUAUAAAAAGAAUUUCAAAGAUGGAGGCGGUCAUACAGGAUCAAGAAGAGUGCUUGGCUGA